UUUUGCAAUUAUUGCACACAACACUUCUACACCCCGCUCUUUACUCACGAUAUUCCUAAUAUUCCUCUUACUCCCACCUCUUCACAAUCAAUUUUUGCAUCUCACAACUCCCAAAACACAACAACGAUUACGGUCGUGGAUACUGUUACGGUUACGGUUACAGUUACGAUUACGAUUAAGAUAAGAUGAUAUCUGAUAAAAAGAUCGCUAACGCGGUUAGUGGCAAAACAGCGAGGGCGUGCGAUUGCUGCAUACGAAAGCGAGCUCGAUGGUACUGCCCAGCCGAUGACGCCUUCCUAUGCCAAACAUGUGAUAGCUCAGUACACUCCGCCAACCAGUUGGCUCGUAGACACGAACGAGUCCGUUUAAAGACGGCCUCGCUAAGGCGGUCCGAUGAUCAUCAACGGACCGACAUACCCUCAUGGCACCGUGGCUUAACUCGCAAACCACGAACACCACGCCACGGGAAGCAUCAGUCAAAAACCGAAGAGCGAAAUCCACUUCAUGUCAUUGUUCCAGAGCUUGGGAUGGAGGAUUCAAGCUCCUCCCAAGAUGGUGAAACAGAGGAGGAGCACCUCCUUUACCGGGUCCCCAUUUACGACCCGUUCAUAGCCGACGAUAUUCGACCGAUGGAGCUAGAGGGAGGAUUAGACACUGCAAAGUGCAUGUUUAACAACUCCAAGUCAUCCCCUGAUGGAUAUCUGCCUUCUGAUAUAGAUCUUGAGGAAUUCGCAGCUGAUGUUGAGACCUUAUUGGGCAAAGGUCUUGAUGAUGAAUCGUAUGGGAUUGAAGAGCUUGGAUUAUUGGGUUGUAGUAUUAAUAACAACGAGAUUCAUGAUAUUGAGAAAAUUAUAAAGGAAGAAGGUGAAUUGGGUGAUGAAGGAGAAAUGAUCAGAAGGUGUGAAAUUGAAGCUGACAGCAAUAGUUUAGUGAUUAAAGAGCCAUUUGAGUUUAGUUUCGACUAUGAUGAUCAUUAUUUUGGGACUAUGUGUGAAGAUGAUGUAGAAGAUCAAAAAAAAGUUAUAAUGAUUGAGCAAUCAAUGGGAAAUGAAUUAAGUAAAAUAGAAAGAGAUGAUGAAACAGAGAAUAAAAGAAGAAAGAUUUUAUUAAGGUUGGAUUAUGAGGCAAUAAGUGACGCAUGGGCUAGUCAUGGUUCACCUUGGAUUAAUGGACAACGUCCUCAAAUUAAUUCUGACGAUUGCUGGCCUCAUUGCAUGGCAACAUGUGGGCUAGAAGGACGUCAUCCAAUAUAUGGAGAUCAUCAAAUGGGAGGAAUGGGAGGGAAUAGAGGAAUUGGAGAUGGAGGGAGAGAAGCAAGGGUAUCAAGAUACAGAGAGAAGAGAAGGACAAGAUUAUUCUCUAAAAAAAUAAGGUACGAAGUUAGAAAAUUGAAUGCAGAGAAGAGGCCACGAAUGAAAGGAAGAUUUGUAAAGAGAUCUUCCUUUGCAGCAGCUACCACUGCCUUUUCCAAAUAGAAUUUGCUUGAUUUUGAGGGACUUGUAGUUUUGGUUAACUGAAUCUUUUGGUCAUUUUUUUUGUACCAUAUCAUCAUUAAGGUCUUGUAAUUAAGUAUGAGAGAUUCUCUUUGUAUUAAAAGAGAAUCUUAUUAUAUAGUAACUGAAUUUAAAUUUAGGCCUGA